CAAGCAGUGACCGACCAAUAGCGGCUGCCGCUGCGGCGUGCUCUGGUAGGCGCGGCUCUCCAGUGCCGACACAGCUGCGCCGGCGACGGGUCCGCUUCAGCUGGAGGCAUCGCAGCAAGCCAUCUCACUCGUGCGCCUCACUUACAGUUUGCCAUGUGUCUACUGGUGUCAAUCUUGUUGCUGGCAGCAUCCGUAGAACCCACCACUUGGGACGGCAUCACGCCCUGGUUCUCAGAUUCCAGCUGCGAGUGCAACGGUUUCUCGCGGCGGUGCUUCUUCGACGCGGCGCUGGAGCGCGCCACGGGCAGGGCGGCGCACUGCCUCGACUGCCAGGGCGACCGCGAGGGUCCCGCCUGCGAGCGCUGCCGGCACGGCUUCUGGGCCCCGGGACCGCGCGCCGCCUGCAGGCCGUGCCUCUGCCACCCGCUAGGGUCAAAGAGUCAGCAGUGCAAUAGUCAGGGACAGUGUAUAUGCAAGCCUGGAGUAACUGGUAACAAAUGUGAUAAAUGCAAAGACAAUUAUUAUGACCUCUCAAAUGAAGGAUGCAAGCCAUGCAUUUGUAAUGAAGCUGGGAGUGUUGCUAAUAAGUCUACAUGUGACCCAGUCACAGGUUUGUGUAACUGCAAAGAAAACGUUGAGGGAGAUAAAUGUCACAGGUGUAAAUAUGGAUAUUUCAAUCUUGAUGAAAAGAAUAUAUUUGGCUGCACACCUUGUUUUUGUCAUGGUCAUUCAAUGGACUGUGAAAGUGCUGGAGGAUAUUCAAAAUCAGUCAUCAAAAGCACUUUUGAAUAUGAUGCAGAAGGCUGGAAAGCAGAGGAUCAUGAUGGGUUUCCUGUAAAGAUAAAAUAUGAUGCAGACAUCCAAGCUAUAGGAAUAAAUGCUUCACAGGGUGAACCUGUAACAUUCAUAGCCCCAGACAGAUUUUUAGGUGACCAGCGAGCAAGCUACAACCAGCUGUUUUCUUUCAAGCUAUGGUUAUUGGAAGAUGGCAAAGACAUGACAUUUGGCGAAAUAAUUAUUGAAGGCGCUGGAAAUAUUCUUAAACAGGUUAUCUAUGGAAACUCAAUUCCUACGACAGCAGCACCUAAGCAGUAUCAAACAUUUCGUCUUCAUGAACAUCGUGUGUAUGAAUGGCUGCCUCAUUUAUCCUCUCAUGAAUUUAUUCACAUUUUAUCCAAUAUAUCAUCUUUCCAGAUCAAGGGAACUAGCAGCACUAAAGGCACAAUAUUUCUGGACGAUGUGGAACUUGGAACAGCUGUUCAUGGAAUGGGAGACAUCACAGCCAAAUGGGUAGAAACGUGUGUAUGUCCAAAUGCUUACACUGGUCAGUUUUGUGAAUCAUGUGCCCUUGGCUUUUACUGGGAAACAAAUAAUGAGCAUGCGACUGUGUGUGUGCCUUGCAGCUGCAAUGGACAUGCAGAAAUGUGUGAUGAGAAUACUGGACAAUGUAACUGCCAGAACAAUACAGCUGGUCAUAAUUGUGAGUUAUGUGCAAAAGGAUUUUAUGGAAAUGCUUUACAAGGGUCAGCAUUUGAUUGCAUGCCAUGUCCUUGUCCAAAUGGUGGACCCUGUCUUUACAAUGGAAGCAAUAUUGUUUGCCUGGAAUGUCCAGUUGGUUAUACAGGACCUCGCUGUAAUAUCUGUGAAGAUGGGUAUUAUGGAGAUCCUGAUGGCAUUAAUGGACCUGUCAUACCGUGUCAGCCUUGUGAGUGCAAUGGUAACAUUGAUUUCAAUGAUACUGGGAACUGUAAUGCUACUACAGGAGUAUGCCUGAAAUGCAUUUUCAAUACAGAAGGAGAACAGUGUGAAAAAUGCUCACAAGGUUUUUAUGGUAAUGCCAUAUCUUCCAUCAAAGGAAACUGCACACCAUGCCAUUGUAAUAAACUAGGUACUUUACAAAGUCUUACUGAUGAUACCAUAUGUGAUCACUUAACAGGACAGUGCCCAUGUAAACCACAUGUUAUAGGAAGAGACUGUGAUACCUGUGAAGAUGGUUAUUUUAAUAUUAACAGUAGUAAGGUUUGUGAGGCCUGCAAAUGUGAUCCCACAGGUUCUGUCAGUCAAAUAUGUGAUAAAGAUAGUGGACAAUGUACUUGCAGAGAAGGGGUUACAGGCAAACAGUGUGAUGCAUGUGAAAUACACACUUACAAGUUUUCAGAGAAUGGAUGUAAGAAAUGUGAAUGUAAUCCUCUUGGGUCAUCUAGUCCACUGUGUGAUAAUUUGGGGCAAUGCUCAUGCCUUGAGGACGUUGAAGGUCUUAAAUGUGAUCGCUGCAAGGAGAAUAUGUACGAUUUGAAAAAUGGCUGCUUGGAGUGCCCCCAGUGUUACAGUCUGGUUGAAUCUAAUGUGGGUUCCUUACGUCAGUCUCUGCAAAAUCUCACAGAGAAUCUAAAUGAGUAUGAAAAGAAUUCACAUUCAGAUAUGAGUGAUCAGUUUGAGACACAGCUCUUGGUUACAAAUAUUUCAUUGGACAUCUUCCAGAAGUAUGCAAUGGGAACCCUGAAAGGUGGAGAGGUUGGUCUGAAACAAAAAAUAAAUGAACUUCAGCAAGACCUUGAUGCUACAGACUUUCUGAAAUCAGUUACCAAAAGUGGUACAGAGAAUAUCAUCAACACAAUACAGCAGUGUGUUUCAAACAUAACUCAUGCAGAGGAAAUUAUUCAAGCUGUACUGAAAAUAUUAGAGAACAAUACAGAUUAUCUGGAUGUAAUUGGUUCAAUCUCUCUGAAUGCAGCUCAGACAUUAUCAGCUGCUCUGAAUCAUCAAAAUUACCGAAUUUUUCAUAUCACUAAAGAAGCAAAAGCAAUAGUUGCCAGACAGGAUGAAGAUUUACAGUUCAUCAUGGACACAGCAUCAGCAUGUGUGAAAGUAGCAUCUGAAGUUAACAGAAUGCCCACUGAAGCUAUAAAUAACCAGUAUGCAUUAAGCAAUGAGAAUGAAAAGCUGAAAGCUGAAACUGAAGUAGCAGUCAGUAAAAUGGAAUUAACAAAAGCUGUAACAGAUGAUUCAGUUGAUAAAGUAAAUGAUGCAUAUAGCACAGCUCUUAAUAAUCAUAUUGAGAUAUCGAGUCUUAAUUUUCCAGAAAUGGAUCUGGUAAAAAUACAGUUAGAUGCUACAACAACAGUUGCACAUGCUUCAGCAAUCAUUAGUGUUGCUAUGGAAAUGUGGGAUGAAAACAGAGAAUUAUAUAAUAGCACAGCUGAAAAUAUUUCAAAAUCAAAUAAUUUGCUGAAACUUGUGGCUGGAAAGCAAACAUUGGUUAACAGUAUAUAUGAAGAAAUACAGGAAAUUAAUGCCAAUGUUGAUAGUACUAUUGAACUAGCAUCUUCAACAUACAAAGAAGUUGCUGAUGCACACAAAAAUAUUCAAGUUUUUGACAAGAAUGUGCAACAUCACAAGAAAUUAGCUCAUUCUGCAGUACUGAAGAUCCCAAAAAUAAAGCAUACAAUCUUAAAUUCACAGAAGAUGACCACCAACAUCAAGAAUCAUAUAGAAGAAUCUGAACUGCAGACUAAUUAUGCUUUAAAAAUGGCCCAUGAUAUUCAGCACACACAUUCAACAAAAAUUUCAGAGGGAAUUGCAAAAAUUAAUCGAGAAUCGGGUGCUGCCAAAGUGGAAGCAAUAAGACUUUUUGAUGAAGCUUAUGCCUUUUCCAGCCGUGUACGAGCAACUAAAGCUGAUUUAACUGCUAUUGAAUAUGCUGGAAACUCAAACAGAAAUAAGAUUGUGCAGGUGAAAGGUGACAUAGAUCAGAUGAGAUACGAUCAGGUGGAAACAUUAAAAGUAGCACAGUGGUCUCUGCAACAGAUAAGAUCUAUCACUGAAGAAAUGACUAAGUUUUCUGAAUUAGAUAUUUCUACAAUAGAAAUCCUGGAGAGAAAGUUUGUGAUGGCAGAAAAUGAAUUACUAAACAUCAGAUUAGAUGAGAGGAUCAGAGCUCUUAGAGAAGCCAGGCAUGAGCAGAUGCAAUGGAUUCAUUAUUACGAAGAUGAAAUUAUAAAACUCAGGGCUGAAGUAGCACAUACAGAACAAGUUGCUAAUGCUCUGCCUAAGGCUUGUGGCUCUCGCCUGCAGCUAGAACCAUAACAGAAAAUACCACAAGAAGGUCUACACAAAAAAGUAGUAAAAUGAGAUGGUGGUAGCUGAACAGUUCCUCAUGAAACCUGAAAGCUAAUACAGACACCACAUUAAUGUUUUCCAGGAUAACUAAACUGUCUUAUUUAUGAUUAGUGUCAGUAGCAUAUAAUAAUAUUGUAUCAAUUGUACCUACUUGCAUUUGCAGUUGUGUGACAGCCAUAUUUCUAGAGAAACACUGUGAACAACACUAAUAUGAUAGUUGUGAGCCAACCACGGUGAGAUUCAAAUGUUUAACAGUUGCUGUAAUACUAAUCAAAAUAGCUCUGAAACUUCAGCUAAACACUGAAUAUAGAUUUUGUUUUAUA